CAUGCUGCGGGCUACAGUCUUUCAUGCAAAGUGCGCUGGUAUUUUUUUGUUCAAGACUUUGGUCUCUUUUCUACAUUUUGCAAUGACGUCGAAUUUUUGUAAUUUGAAGUAAACGAAUUUUCGUUUGCUUCUGUAGAAUUAAUCUAAUUUUCUUUUAAAAGCCGCAUAGCUAAGGGACACAAAUGCAUUAAAACUGUGUUACCCUGCAUUCGGAUCAGUCCAGACACGACCUGCUCUAAGAGUGAGGUGCAAGUUACUAAAAAAGAAGCCAUAACAAGUGGUGGAUUUUCGUUAUUUCUAGUAAACAGCUGCAUCAGAAGUUUAAACAGUAAUCGCUUGAGCUCUGGGUUAGUUUGUAUUUAGUCGUGGAUGUGGGGUUACCGCGAAUAGAUUUUAUAUCAAUCUAAAUGUGUUUAGUGCGGUGUAAACGUAAAACUUUGUCGACGAUCUUUUCUUCGUCUGAGUUUUUAGCGGAAAAGUAUUUAAUUUGGAUGUAUGUCUAAUUAUGCGGUUUCGGUGUCGACUGAUAAUCUAUACCCCAUCCUGAAGUGUAUUAUUUAAAUAUUUUUGCUAGUAUCUGCCUCGUUUCGCAAGAAACACAUUUUCGAUCUUGUUUUAACUUCUAUAUGUAAAGGCUGAGUCAGGAGCUCAAACGUGGAAUUCCGCAAUCUGUUUACGAUUCGAAGCAUUUUCAUUCUGAAUCCACCAUUUUAUCACGAUAAGAUCUAACAGUGAUUUUUGCAAAGUGUAUUUUAUCUUCUAAGUAGAACGCUUUUUUACUUUUCCAUCUCGUGGAUGUUUUUAUUUUUCGACCACUAACCAUGGUUUGCCGGAAAUUAUGGGUUUGCGUUGCGGUUCUAACUGGAUUUGUCACUAUACCUCGAGGAAUAGAUGGUGAAUGUCAGUAUCAUGGUUCUUUGUUUGCGAAUAAUACAGUGUGGAAGCCUGAUUCUUGCCAAGACUGCAGCUGUCUCAAUGAUAUUGUGAUUUGCAAGAUGACUCGCUGCCAAAAUCCAGAGUGCGAUUUUCUGAAGGGGGAACAGCUCAGAGUGCCUCCAAAUAAAUGUUGCCCUGAGUGUGACCUACAGACCCAAGGGUUUUGUCAAUAUGAAGGACAGAUCUAUGGGCAUGAUAGUCAGUGGUCCAUCUCCAAGUGCACAGUGUGUUUGUGUUCUCACGGAAAAGUUGAGUGUAGCCCAAAGUCCUGUCCUCUUCUUCAUUGUGGGAGAGAAGAAACUCAACUCAUAUCCUCAGGAGACUGCUGCCCUAAAUGUGUGCGAAAUGGAGUGUCUUGCUCCUUUGAAGGUCAGGAGUACAAGGAUGGGAUGGAGUGGCAGCCCAGACCCUGCUCCAAGUGCUCUUGUAGGAAUGGUGAAACAAUAUGCUACAUUAUUGAAUGUCAGGCUCUGAUAUGCAAGCCUAAGGAGAACUUUGUAAUUUACCCUGGAAAGUGCUGUCCUCAGUGUGUGCCCAACUCCUGUCUGGUAUCAGGGAAAGAGUACAAGCAUGGAGAGCAAUGGAAAAAAAAUUCCUGUACUGCAUGUAUCUGUGAUCAAGGUGAAGUCCGUUGUCACACCCAGACCUGCCCAAAACUCAGCUGUGAGAGGGGCCAGAACAAAGUGAAGAAAGUUGGCUUGUGCUGUGAGGAGUGUGUGUCUUCCAAAGGCAACUGCCUGUAUGACAACUCUAUCCAUUAUCAUGGCGAGAUGUGGAACAGUACAGGCUGCGAGUUCUGUAUGUGUGAUCAAGGACAAGUCCUGUGUCAGAAAGCAGAAUGUGCCCGAGUGGACUGCACAUGGGGAGAACAACUGGUUCACUUUCCAGGAAGAUGCUGUCCAGAAUGCACGUCGAUGAGCAGUUUCUGUGUGUAUAAGGAGCAUACCAAAAAGAACCUGGAGAAGUGGCAGGAUGACCCUUGUAAGGAGUGCGAAUGCAGGGAUUCUCAGGUGAUCUGCUACCAGCGCUCCUGCCACACCUGUCCUGUUGGCACAUUGGCUGUGACUGUAGAAGGGGAGUGCUGCCCAGAGUGCCUUGCUGUUGAGUGUCAUUCUGAUUGUCUGACCUGCUUCCAGUCCCCUGACCACUGCAACAGCUGUCGAAAUGAAAGCUUAUUACUUCAAGGUGGCCACUGUGUCCGGACGUGUUCAAGGGGAUUUUUCAAGAAUGGCAGAGUCUGUUCAGCCUGCAAGGAAACUUGUGCCACCUGUGACAGUGAAUUUGAAUGCACCUUGUGUGCAGAGUCCUUGCUGAUCAGAAAUGGAAAAUGUGUAAGAUCUUGUGGAAAAGGAUUUUAUCAGGAACACACGCAUUGUGCAGCUUGCCAUGACUCCUGUAGUUCUUGUCAAGGACCUGGAGAGCAGGCAUGUCUCUCCUGUGCUGAUCCUUCUCUUUUCCUCAGAAGCGGGCGCUGUGUACCCAGCUGUGGGCUGGGCUUUUAUGUUAAACAAGGCACUUGCUAUGCAUGUGACAGAUCCUGCCUCAUGUGCUACCCUGACAGCUCAAAGUGUUUGCGCUGCCCCUCAGGGAGAGCACUGCACCAGGGGAAAUGCAUUCCCCUUUGCCCAAAAGGGUAUUACAAAGAUAAAGCUAACAGAUGCAGUGAAUGCCAUAGUUCCUGUGCUGACUGCAGUGGCCCUUCAGCAUCUCAGUGCAGUGUGUGCCCUGCUGGAUUAGUGUUGCACCAGGGAACAUGCCUGGAUAUGUGUGGAGAAGGCUUCUACUCUCAUCUUGGAGUCUGCAAAAUUUGCCAUCAGUCUUGUCGCUCCUGUGUUGGUCCAAAGCAUUCUGAUUGUGUUCAGUGUUUGAAGCCUGAGGAGGUACUACACUCUGAUCAAGACCACAACGGGCUACUCCAUGGUGUCUGUGUUUCAGAGUGUAAAGCGCAGUUCUAUCUUGAAACUGAUAUGAUUUGUAGAGAAUGCCAUCCUACAUGUAUGAAAUGCAUUGGGAAUAGUGCUCACAACUGCACAGCUUGUGCCUACUCAAAUGUCCUGCAUGAAGGAAAGUGCCUUCAUAAGUGUCCAGAAGGGCUGUACAGUCAGAACAACAUCUGCAGCACUUGUCACCCAUCCUGUAAGGAGUGUACUGGUCCCUCGGAAGCUGAGUGCACAGUGUGUCACCCUCACACCACCUUGCUUGAUGGCUACUGCAGGAACAGUUGCCCCAAAGGACAAUAUUUGAAUGUGGUUGGGUACUGCACUGACUGUCACUCUGAGUGUCAGCAUUGCACAGCUGACAUGCGGGACAACGGGAGCAUCUGUCUUCAGUGUAAAAAUCCAAAAUAUUUCAUGCUGGAGAAUAAGUGUAUACCUUACUGCUUGCCUGGAUACUACACAUAUCGGGGAAGCUGUGAAAAAUGUCAUCCUUCCUGUAAGACAUGCAGCGCUGAAGAUCCUCUCUCCUGUACCUCAUGUCAUAUUAACCUGGUGUUGACACACACUGGCUUGUGCAGCACUCAGUGUUUUCCAGGACACUAUGUUAAUAAGAAAGGUAUCUGUCAGGCAUGUGACGGCCAGUGUUUGACAUGUGAUGUGCCAGGAUCCUGCACCUCCUGUAGAGACCAUGCUAAAGUCCUGCUAUUUGGAGAGUGUCAUGAGAGCUGUGCCCAGCAAUACUACCUCGACUUUACCACAAGGACAUGCAGAGAGUGUGACUGGAGCUGCAAUGCCUGCAGAGGUCCACUUUCUACAGACUGCCUUCAGUGCAUGGAUGGCUAUGUCCUUCAGGAUGGAUCCUGCAUUCAGCAAUGCUCAACAGGCUUUUACCGUGAUGGAGAGAAAUGCCAGAGGUGUGAAGUACAUUGCGAGGAAUGUGAAGAGUUAUAUCAAUGUGAGAAAUGUAAAAAUCCUUAUGUUGUGCUGCAAGGACAGUGUGUUCAUGAAUGUGGCAAGAAGUAUUUCUUGGACAGAUUUCUGCACAAAUGUAUUGCCUGUUCUACUGAUUGCCUUGAAUGUGAUAGUGCUCACCAGUGCAGAGUGUGCAACAAAAACACCUACUUAAAAGAUGGUGUUUGUACACCGGACUGUGGAUACGGGUUUAACAUCAACAGAAAAAACAGAACAUGUAAAGAAAACAAACACGCUCCAGUAUUGUAUGUGAAUGGUUCUCUGAUAGUGAAGAUUGGUGGAACUAAGCAACUGGAUUUUUCAUUCAUGAGUGUUCGUGACCCAGACACCUCCAUCGAGAAUCUUAUUUUCCAGCUUGUUCAACCUCCCAACAAUGGCAGGUUGAUAAAGAAAAUUAAUGGAAAGGAAUUUAAAUUAAACAGGGAAGAUACAUUUACAUUUACUGACCUGAUAGAAAACACUGUAAGGUUUAUCCAUGCCAAAGACAAAUCAAAGAAUGGUCAGCUUUUCCUGAGAGCUGGGGAUCAACAGCUGUUCUCUCAGACUGAGACAAUUAACAUCCAAGCAAUUUCCCUGCAGGUCCCAUUUGUUUUGACAAAUGAAGUUUUGUUGGUCAAUAGAGGGGAAACUGUUACCAUCACAAAAUCAGUUCUGAACAUUCAAGAUGAGGACAAUCUUCAGGAUGUUUUGGUCAUGGUACUUGAGCCUCCACAACAUGGUCAUCUUGUUCAUGCCCAUGGUGAUAUGCCAGUGCAGCAGUUCAAACCAGAGGAACUUGAGCAAAAGCAGCUGAAGUAUGCUCAUGAUGGCUCAGAUGGACAGCAGGAUACUGUCAUCCUGCAGAUGAAUGAUGGCCACAAUUUCCAGAAUAUUUUUUUCCACAUCAUGGUUGCUCAAAAGGGAAAAUCUCCUCACAUGCUCUCCAUUCCUACUGCUUGGGUUCAUGAAGGCAGAAUGUUCCAAAUAACCAGCAAAUAUCUGAAAGCAAAAUACCACGAUUUGAGUGACUCUGAGGUUCACUACACAAUUCUACCCUCAAAAGAAAACCUCAGAUAUGGAGAAGUGGUCUUGCUUGUACCCAUGCCAGCAGAUGGUCCUGCUGAUGGGUGGCAGCAUUUGCCUGAUGGAAGAGUAGCCACUACAACCACUUCUUUCACCCAACAGGACAUCAAUGAGGGAAUCGUUUGGUACAGGCAUUUUGGCUCUGGAUCACAAGAAGACAACCUACAGUUACAGAUAUCAAGAGGGGGAUCCACACAAGCACUCAACAAAACUCAGACUUUAAGGAUCAGGGUAAUGCCCCAUUCUUCACAGUUUCCUCAGCUCGAUCCAGGUUCUGCUCUACAGAUAACAGCUUUUGAAGAUCACGUGACAGUUUUAGGGCCCUCUGCACUCUCCUUUGUGGAUACAGGGACCCCCAGUGAAAAAUUCAUUUACAAUAUCACUAAACCACUGGCACAGGGAGAAGGUACUAUAGAACACCAAGACAGACCCUACAUCCCAGUACAGUUCUUUACACAGGCUGACAUCAACCAAGGCAAGAUCCUGUACCGGCCACCUAUGGCCCCAUCUCAUCUGCGAGAAUUCUCCCUUUAUUCCUUCUCUGGUCUACCUGAGUCAGUGAACUUCCAUUUCACAGUGUCGGAUGGCGAGCACACUUCUCCUGAAAUGGAUUUAGCUAUUUACCUGCUGUCACAUCAUCACCAGCCACCUGCAUUUCAGAUUAAAGACCCUUUCCUUGAAGUCAGUCUGGGAGGAAAAGCGUCUAUAGAUCAGCAGCUGGCUGUUAGUGAUGCAGAUACAGAUCCUGAUGACCUUGUAUUUGAGCUGUUGAAAGCACCACUACAUGGAACUCUAGUGAAAAAAGACUUUGGUAGUCAGACUGAGAUGGUCAAUGGAGAAAUGUUUACAUUCAAUGAUAUCACCCGGAAUGCCCUUCUCUACUUACAUGAUGGAAUGAAUACAGAAGAGGACCUUAUGAUGUUUUCAGUGACUGAUGGAAUUUCCACAGUGACUGUGGAAGUGAGGGUGAUAGUGUCAGGAGCUGCAAGUGAUGGUCCUCAGUUGGCUUCUAGCUCUUUGCUGUCUAUGGAAGUAUCUGAGAAAAGCACCACUAUCAUUAGAAGGUCACAUUUGGCUUAUGUUGACAAUAACUCUCCAGAUGAUAAGAUCAGAAUUCAGCUGAUUUCUCUUCCAAUGUAUGGUGUUCUUACAAAAACAAAAUCGGCAACAGUACACGAAGAGCUCCUUAAGUAUUCAUCGUUUACCAUGGAGGACAUUAACCUCGAAAGAAUAAGGUAUAGUACUUCUUUUGAGACUGGAAGUCAGCCGAUCACUGACAUAUUCCACUUCACUGUCUAUGAUGGUGACAACAAUCAUCUUGAUAACCAGAUGUGCACCAUCACCAUCACAUCUGUGCAGAACAAGCCUCCAGUUGUUUCAGUCACCAGUGGCAUCAUGGUGGAAGCAGGUGGUAGAAUACAGCUGUCUUCCAACAAUAUCCUUGCAACUGACACAGACACACAAAAAAAGGACUUGCUGGUGUGGCUAAUUAACCACCCUAAGUAUGGCCUUAUUGAAAAAACAGGAGAGAUAUCUGGAAGUCCAGAAAUUAUAAACUCUGAUGUUCCCUUCUCUGUUGAGGAUAUUCUGUCUAAUAGAAUGUUCUAUAUCCAGAGCAUUCAUAAAUCUGAUGAGCAUUUUCAGGACAGUUUUAGCUUCUAUAUUAGUGAUGGAUACAGCCAGACAGAAGCUUUCACCAUCAACAUCAACAUUCAGGGCAAGGACAAACCUCCAAUAAUAUCUAAGAACAACAUCAAUUUGGAGGUGGCCUCUGGAGUUGUGAUCACCAAUUCCUCUUUAACAGUUCUGGACCCCGAUACUCCUGAUAACGAGCUUAUCUUCACUGUCACUAAAAUGCCAGGCUAUGGUAAGCUGCGCAAACGACAGUUCUACUCCCAGCCCCUGGAGAAUGGUCGUAUUUUGAACCAGGGUUCUGCCUUUACAUACCAAGAUGUUUUGGAUGAGCUCAUCGUGUACACCCCUGACACUGUGAGUGUGAGAACAGAUGAGCUACACUUCACUCUGACUGAUGGGGUCUACACUGAGAAUGGGAGGCUGGAGUUCACGAUGGAUGGGCAGAAGAGUGAAGGCCCAAGGCUGGCUAUCAACCGAGGCCUCCAGCUCACUGCAGGUUCUGUGGCUAAAAUCACUGAUCAGAAUGUGAAAGCUGUGGACAUUGACUCGGAUGAGCUGAAAUUGAAAUACAUUAUGACCACGGAUCCUGCUGUAGGUUGGCUUCAGCAGUCCAAGAAUGGAAACAUUGCACAGAUAUCCAUUAAAGGGCCAAUGAAGAGCUUCACUCAGGAUGAUAUCAACAAAGGAUUCGUAGAAUACAGACAUGAAAAGGGUAAGGCAGGAGGCAGCUUUGCUUUCAAAUUUGACCUUUCUGAUUCUGAAGGCAAUAAACUGAUUGACCAAUCAUUCUACAUCAGCGUACUGGAAGACAGACUCCCCCCAUCUGUAAUUGUAAAUAAAGGGCUAGUUCUGGAUGAGAAUUCAGCGAAGAAAAUCACCACUUUUCAGCUGUCUGCCACAGACCAGGACAGUGAGCCAGGCGAGCUGGUUUACAGGAUCACCAAACAACCUCUCUUGGGUUACUUGGAACAUGUUGCCACCCCAGGGACACAGAUAUCCACUUUCACACAGGCUGAUCUUGCAUCACACAGUAUUCAGUAUGUGCACACAAGUGAUGAGGAGAAACAUUCUGAUGACUUCUCCUUCAUAGUGUCUGAUGGGGCUAAUGAGAUUACCCAGACGUUCUACAUCACAAUUCGUCCAGUGGAUGACUCCCUUCCCAUAGUUCAGGUUCCUGGGAUGCGUGUGCAGGAGGGUAUGAGAAAGACCAUCACUGAGUUUGAGCUCAAGACAACAGAUGCUGACACAGAGGAAGAUUCCAUCAUCUUCACCAUAGUGCAAGCACCUCGCCAUGGCACCAUUGAACGAACCAACAAUGGGCAGCACUUUCGCCAAACCACCACCUUCACCAUGGAUGAUAUCUACCAGAACCGCAUUAGUUAUAACCAUGACGGCAGUAAUUCCCUCAAAGAUCGGUUUACAUUUACUGUAUCAGACGGCACUAACCUGUUCUUUGUUGUCAAGGAGAGAGAGAAGGAGAUUGUUACAGCAGCUCCCCAGAAAUUUAAGAUAGAUAUCCUUCCAGUAGAUGAUGGAACCCCUCGUAUAGUAACCAACUUGGGACUGCAGUGGCUUGAGUACAUGGAAAACAAGGCCACCAACCUGAUAACAAGAAAGGAGCUUCUGACAAUGGACCCAGACACAGAGGACAGACAGUUGGUUUACGAAAUCACUGCUGAACCAAAACAUGGAUACUUGGAAACCAAGCUUAAACCUGGCACUCCAAUUACAAUUUUUACUCAAGCUGAUAUUAACCUGGGUCUGAUUCGCUAUGUACUCAAUGAGGAGAAUAUUCUGGAGACAAUGGACACAUUCAAGUUUCUGGUGAAGGACAGCAAACCCAAUGUGGUCAGUGACAAUGUGUUUCACAUACAGUGGUCACUCAUCAGCUUUGAAUAUACAAGCUACAAUGUCAGUGAGAAAGAUGGGACAGUGAGUGUCACGGUGAGGAGAACUGGAAACCUGAACCGGUAUGCCAUUGUUCUGUGCCGUACUGAACAGGGCACUGCCACCUCCACUUCCAGCACCAGCUCAAAACCUGGACAGCAGGAUUAUGUGGAAUACGCAGGGCAGGUGCAGUUUGAUGAACGAGAGGAUACAAAGGUGUGCACCAUUGUGAUCAAUGAUGACCACAUUUUUGAGAACAUUGAGAGCUUUAAUGUGGAACUCAGUAUGCCGGUAUAUGCUUUGCUGGGGAAAGUCACCAGAGCUAAAGUCAACAUCAUUGACACUGAGGAUGAACCCACACUUCAGUUUGAUAAGAAGACCUACCACGUCAAUGAGAGUGCAGGUUUCUUCUUUGCCCCGAUAGAGCGGAAAGGUGACUCCAGUAGCACUGUUUCUGCUCUUUGCUACACUGUUUCCAAAUCUGCCCAAGGCAGCAGCCUAUAUUCUUUGGAGUCUGGUUCUGAUUUCAAGUCCAGAGGAAUGUCCAGUGAAAAUCGGGUGAUUUUAGGGCCUGGGGUGAGCAUGUCCACCUGUGAUGUAAAACUGAUUGAUGACAGUGAGUAUGAGUUGGAAGAAGAGUUUGAAAUCAUCCUGGCUGAUGCCUCAGACAAUGCUCGGAUUGGGGAUGUGACAGUUGCCAAAGUGGUGAUCGAUGGCCCAAAUGAUGUCUCCACUGUAUUCCUGGGAAAUGCUUCUUUUACACUGAGUGAAGAUAAAGGUGUCAUUGAAAUUCCUGUUAUUAGGCAAGGCAGUGAUCUGUCCUCUGUGACCUCUGUGUGGUGUGCCACACGGCCUUCAGAUCCACCCUCAGCCACACCUGGAGUGGACUACAUACCUAGCUCCAAGAAAGUGGAGUUCAGGCCUGGGAAAACAGAGGAGAUUUGUAGUCUGACAAUUCUUGAUGACAAUCAAAAUCCAACAAUUGAAGGCACAGAAUACUUUGUGGUGUUCCUCAGUUCACCUCAACGGGCUGUACUCACUGAACCUUAUGAAGCUUUGGUUGCUAUUAAUGAUGCAUUCCAGGAUGUUCCAAGCAUGCAAUUUGAAAAGGAUGUGUAUUCAGUGAAAGAGAAGAAUGGAGUCCUGCACAUUCCCAUCAUACGCACAGGGGAUGUGACCUUUGAGUCUUCAGUAAGGUGCUAUACUAGGACUCUUUCUGCCAAAGUGAUGAAUGACUUUGAAGAGAGGAAAAACACUGAUGAUUCUCGCAUCACUUUUUUCAAAGGGGAAAAGGUGAAGAACUGCACUAUCUGGUUAAAUGAUGACUCAGUGUUUGAACCAGAGGAGGCAUUCCAGGUGCAUCUGGGCAAUCCCAUGGGGAAUCACUGGAGUGGAUCCAGGGUGGGCAAGAAUGACAUUGCCACCAUCACCAUCACCAAUGAUGAGGACGCCCCCACAAUUGAAUUUGAAGAGCCAUCAUAUCAGGUACAGGAACCUUCAGGUCCAGAUGGUAUUGCAGAGGUGAAUAUCAAAGUGAUUCGGAAAGGGGACCAGAACCGCACUUCAAAGGUGCGCUGCAGUACUAGAGAUGGGUCAGCCCAAUCCGGAAUGGACUACAAUCCAAAAAGCAGAUUGCUCAGGUUCACUCCUGGUGUUGAUCACAUCCUCUUCAAAGUUGAAAUUCUGUCCAAUGAGGACCAGGAGUGGCAUGAGUCUUUCACAGUGGUUCUUGGUCCUGAUGAUCCAGUAGAGGCAGUUUUGGGAGAAAUCACGAUGGCAACAGUGACUAUUCUGGAUCAGGAGGCUGCAGGAAGUCUUAUUCUACCAGCCCCACCUAUUGUGGUGUCUCUGUCUGUAUAUGAUUGUGUGCAAGAGGUGUCAAAAGAAAGCAGUAAGAAUUCUCCAUCUCCAGGAUACCCUCUGAUUUGUGUCACCCCCUGUGACCCACAUUAUCCAAAAUUCUACCUCAUGAAGGACCUUUGUGAUGAAGCUGGCAUUAACCAGUCCUCUGUUCACUUCAAUUGGGAAGUUGCUGCCCCUACUGAUAGUAGUGGGGCAAGAUCCCCAUUUGAGACUGUGACUGACAACACACCAUACACAAGCGUAAACCACAAGGUCCUGGAUAGCAUGUAUUUCAGUCGUCGUUUCCAUGUGCGCUGUGUAGCCCAGGCAGUGGACAAGGCUGGCCACCUUGGCACUCCCUUGAGGAGUAAUAUUGUCACCAUUGGAACUGAGAAUUCUAUCUGUCACACACCUGUUGCAUCUGGCACUGCACGAGGUUUCCAGGCACAGUCCUUCAUUGCAUCUCUGAAGUAUUUGGAUGUAAAACACAAGGAACAUCCCAACAGGAUUCACAUCUCUGUGCAGAUCCCUCACCAAGAUGGCAUGCUUCCUCUGGUCUCCACCAUGCCACUGCAUAACCUGCAUUUCCUGCUAUCAGAGUCCAUUUACAGACACCAGCACAUCUGUUCCAACUUGGUUACUCUCAAAGACCUUCAGGGUAUCUCCGAUACAGGGUUUCUUGAUAACCUUUCCUAUGAUAGCAUUUCCCUUGGGCCUGGUUAUGACAGACCCUACCAGUUUGAUCCCACUGUGCGGGAACCGAAGACCAUCCAGCUGUAUAAACACCUUAAUCUUAAGAGUUGCAUCUGGACCUUCGAUGCCUACUAUGACAUGACAGAGCUCAUUGAUGUCUGUGGAGGGUCUGUUACUGCUGACUUUCAGGUGAGGGACUCAGCACAGUCCUUCCUCACAGUCCAAGUCCCUCUGUAUGUGUCAUAUAUAUAUGUGACAGCACCUAGAGGAUGGGCAUCUUUGGAGCAUCACACAGAAAUGGAGUUUUCAUUUUUUUAUGAUACAGUCCUUUGGAGAACAGGUAUACAAACCGACAGUGUUCUGUCUGCUAGACUGCAGAUCAUCAGAAUUUAUAUCAGGGAGGAUGGUCGUCUGGUUAUUGAAUUUAAGACACAUGCCAAAUUUAGAGGCCAGUUUGUAUUGGAGCACCACACCCUCCCAGGACAGAGGUCUCGCCUCAUGGCACCAGAUCACCUGGGGGGCAUUGACUUUGAGCUGCAACUGCUGUGGAGUGCCCAGUCUUUUGACUCCCCCUACCAGCUGUGGAGAGCAACCAGCUCCUAUAGCAGGAAAGACUACUCUGGAGAGUACACAGUCUUCCUUAUGCCUUGCACUGUUCAGCCCACACAACCCUGGACUGACCAUGGAGAUAAGCCCCUCUCUUGUACAGCACAUGCACCAGAGAAGUUUCUGGUUCCCAUUGCGUUCCAGCAGACAAACCGCCCAGUUCCUGUUGUCUAUUCUUUAAAUACAGAGUUCCAACUUUGCAACAAUGAGAAGAUCUUUAUGAUAGAUCCAGCUGUAGCAGAAAUGUCCUUGGCUGAAAUGGAUUACAAAGGAGCCUUUUCUAUGGGUCAGACUCUUUAUGGCCGAGUGCUUUGGAACCCUGAACAGAACCUGAAUGUGGCAUACAAGCUGAAGCUAGAAAAGGUGUAUCUCUGCACUGGCAGAGAUGGCUAUGUGCCUUUCUUUGACCCUACCGGGACUAUUUACAACGAGGGCCCCCAGUAUGGCUGUAUUCAGCCUAACAAGCACCUGAAGCACAGGUUCUUACUCCUGGAUCGCAAACAGCCUGAGGUUUGUGACAAGUAUUUCCAUGAUGUGCCAUUUGAGGCUCACUUUGCUACUGAUAUUCCUGAACUCCAGUCAAUGACAGCAAUGUCUGGUGUAGAUGGAUUCACAAUGAAGGUUGAUGCCCUUUAUAAGGUGGAAGCUGGUCAUCAAUGGUACCUGCAAGUAAUCUAUAUAAUUGGACCAGAGGCCAGUUCAGGGCCAAGGAUCCAGCGCUCAUUGACCUACCAGCUAAAGCGCAGUCAGAGGGAUCUUGUAGAUAACACAGGGCGCCUGACUCUGGAUGAAUCACUCAUCUAUGACAACGAGGGAGAUCAGGUGAAGAAUGGCACCAACAUGAAGACCCUGAAAUUGGAAAUGCAGGCAGCAGCCUUCACUGCACAAACAAGUAACUUCAUAGGUGGUGCCAUCGCUGCAGUAAUCUUCCUGUCUCUCAUUGUAUUUACUUUUUGCUUUCUGUCCAAGAAAAGCUACAGAAAGGGGAAGAAAAAAAGGCAUGCAACAAAUCUGGCAGAGAAGUAUCCACUGAACACUAAAGUUGAAGACUGCCUGAGGAAUGUAGAUCAUCUUGAAAAGAACUUAAUCGCCAAGCACUGCACUGUGAAAAACAAUAUCCUCAAUAAAAACCAAGAGGCCUGCAAGGUCAAAGAGGUCAAGCUUAAGCAGGUGAAUUUAGUCAAAUGUCAUAACAAUUUACAUGAUGGCACAGAGGUCUGAUUCAAUACAAUGUUACAAUUUUUUGUUUUCCGACAUUGUAAUAAUAAAAUUACUGUAUUUUUAUAAAAAUAUAAAAAAGGGAAAAGUCGUUUUCAGCUAUGCAGUGUAACACGUUUCACAACUGAGCUACCUCUUGAGAGCAAAGGACAAGCGUGCUAUAUUAACUUGAUCCUGAUGGUUUAGACCCACUUCACUGACUUGCAUUUUUCAAGUAUGCAAAAGUGUAACAUAAAUCAAAAGUUAUUCAUCAAAAAACAAGUGGCCAGUUAUCAAAGUGUCAAUGGACUCCCAGGGACCAAUCUUUGUUCACUCCUUGAACAUUCUUCUACUUCUAAUCACAGUAUGUUUGAGUCACAAUCCAACAUACUGUGAUGUGAACUAGCUAAUGCCUGGUACAUCUAAACAGAAGGGUACACAAUUAUAAGGUGUUCUAUGGCAGCAUAACAAGUGCAGCCCUAUUCACUCUGAGCAUUUUUUGGGAUCCAUGGAAAAUGGCAUGCUAAAACUGGGUAAUGAAUCCUAUGUAGAAAUGUAUUUGUUCCUGUUCAACAGAUUUAUUAAUGUCAAGAGAACAUUAAGUAUUAUUUUACUUUAAAAUCACUAACUACGCAUGACAGCAGAAAAAUGAAAAAUAAAAGUUGAAUAGUGAAAAAACAUUGACAAUCCUAAUGGCUCAGAGACUUAACUUGUUGAGUUGUUUAGCUUUCCAAUUGUGCAUUUUAUGUGACACUGUACAGCUAGAAUAUAACCACUAUGAUUUCUGAAGUAUUAUGAACACCUUGGGUGUUUGUGUGGAACCUGAUGAGCUGUGUACAUAUCUAUUCAAUGCAAAAGUGCAAUUACUUGACAUUUAAAAACAUCCAAGAUAAACCAAGAUCAGUGUGAGAUGUUUUAAAGUUCUCAUGGCGUUUACAGAGUAUAGAUCAGAGUCCACAUAAGCCUGCAUUUCCAUAUAUCACAAUACUAAAAUAAUUUUCAGCAGACAGUUUUUAAAAAUUGUUUCGAAUUUUGUUAUAUGCAUUAUUUUAGUCAGACAUCAUCAAGUGUAAAACUGGUGUGCAUAUCCAUCACGUGACGGGAAACUUUAAAUUUAUUGUGCAGUUUUAGCAAGUGUAGACUGCAGUUCAUAUUUUUCUUUUUAUAUCUUUGGAGUGAUUUUAAGUAAGUAUCCUAUGCUUUUAAAUGCCUGUAAACAUUAGAUAGACUCCUUUAUAUAUGUAAUACAUAUUAUCUUAAAUAUUUUAUUUACCCAACCUACUUAAGAUUUGCCAAAAGCACUGCAAUAUCCACCAAAAAUGUUUUUGUCAUAUAUACAAUAUUAUCAUUAUCACAUGCUAAUAGUGUCUUCAAGAAUAUUUUGUAACUGGGAAUUGUUCUUCUACUUAUCUUUCAUUACGUAAUAUUAUAUAUUCUUUAUUUACUGUGUUAUUUUGUGUUUUUAUUAUUUUAAUAAUAAUAAUGAUUUGUAAAAUCGCAUAGUAUUAUGAUGGUGUGUGAGAAACGAUUUUGAUUAUUUGCCAUAGCACUGAAUUGACUACUGUGUAUAAUUAACUACUGGAGUAGCACGGCACACAAGCUUUUUAUCACAAUAAAUAAGUCUUUUGGUGCUAUAUUUUCUUAAUUGAAAAAAUACUACCAUUGCAUUACCUACUGUAAAUGGUGUAUUCCAUGUUUUUAGUAAUGAA